CGAGAUCAUAGAAUCAGAAAAUAAUUUAGUUUUGCUCUAUACGUGAACUAUUGCAGUAUUGUAGUGUCUUCGAGGGAAACUAUUCGAGAAUAUAAAACAGGAGACAAAAUGGAUAUACGUCAAUGGCCAAAAGAAUUUACAGUAGAGUUCAUUGAGCUGUACAGAAAUUAUCCAUGUUUGUGGCGUAUUAAAUCGUCAGAUUACAGUGACCGUAAUAAGCGAACUAAUGCUUAUGAGAAGUUGUGUUCAAAAUUGCAUGAAAUAGAUGAAACCGCGUCUAAAGAAACAGUAGUAAAAAAAGUUGACUCGCUUAGGUCAAAUUUUCGAAAGGAAUUAAAAAAAAUUAAAGAGUCUAAAAGAAGUGGAGCUGGAACAGAAAACGUAUACAUUCCAAAGUUAUGGUACUUCGAAAAAUUGCAGUUCCUUUUAGAUCAAGAGACCCCUAGGAGUGGUGUAUCCAACAUUUCUGAAAGCGAAUCAAAUGAAGGUUCAACACAAAUCAUGAGUGUAGAUAACGAUACAACUGGUGCUAUUGAAGAUGAACUCGAGGAUAAUUUAUCUUCUACACCAAUAUCACCAAAAUCGAAUUCUAUUUCUUUUGAUAAGCCAUAUCAGACAACUCAGAAUAAAAAGAAGAAGAAAAGAGAUCUUUGUGAUGAGGUUUUAGAAAAAGUUAGCAAUAAAUUGCAAAAUGAAAAUUUAGAUGAAUUUGACGUAAUAGGACAAAAUAUUGCUUAUAAAUUAAGAGGAUUAUCGAAAGAGGUUAAACUGAUGUCCGAAAAAUUUAUUAAUGAAAUAUUAUUUGAAGCCGAAAUUGGAAAUAUAAAUAAGUAUACUAAAAUGUCACUUCAACAACCUGUACCAAAUCGAUCUUAA